UAAGAAAUGUGUCUUACUAAAUUUACUACAAUGAAGCAUCAUAUUCCAUACCUGAAAUGUCCCUAGUAGAUGCCUGCUCAUCGUUUCAAACGUCUGAAAUAGUCCAUGAUGUUUUACUUCCACUUUCUAAUUGCCCUUAGCACUAGCUAAAUCUGCUGAAUGUUUAGUCCCAAUUGAGUGCCCUCUCGUUUCAAGCGGUGAACUUUUUUUCUGCUAUCAACAUUUCCCAGUUUUUCGUUCAAGAGGCCUAACUGAAAAGAAGAUUUACCUUGGAUUUUUAAAAAAGUUUUGCCUGCCAGUCUGCAAUUUAUUUCUAAAAAUUGCUUGAAGACUUGUCAAAUGACGUCAAUGGCCAGUCUGUUCUCUUUUACUAGCCCAGCUGUAAAGCGUCUGUUGGGCUGGAAGCAAGGAGAUGAAGAAGAAAAAUGGGCAGAAAAGGCAGUUGAUGCUUUGGUUAAAAAACUGAAAAAGAAAAAAGGAGCAAUGGAAGAGCUAGAGAAAGCACUGAGCAGUCCUGGACAACCAAGUAAAUGUGUUACUAUACCUCGGUCAUUAGAUGGACGACUUCAAGUUUCUCACCGCAAAGGUCUCCCCCAUGUUAUUUAUUGUCGUGUAUGGCGUUGGCCUGAUCUGCAGAGUCAUCAUGAGUUGAAGCCAUUGGACAUUUGUGAAUUUCCUUUUGGAUCCAAGCAGAAGGAAGUCUGUAUCAAUCCUUAUCAUUACAAAAGGGUGGAGAGCCCAGUUCUACCUCCAGUCUUAGUGCCAAGACAUAGUGAAUUCAACCCACAGCAUAGCCUUCUGGUUCAGUUCAGAAAUCUAAGCCACAAUGAACCACACAUGCCACAGAAUGCCACAUUUCCAGAUUCGUUCCAGCAGCCCAACAGUACUCCUUUCCCAAUUUCUCCAAACAGUCCUUAUCCACCUUCUCCAGCCAGUAGUACUUAUCCAAAUUCUCCAGCUAGUUCUGGGCCAUCUAGUCCAUUUCAGCUACCAGACACACCACCACCUGCAUAUAUGCCCCCUGACGAUCAAAUGGGACAAGAUAAUUCACAGUCUAUGGACACAAGCAGUAAUAUGAUUCCUCAAAUAAUGCCAAAUAUCUCCAGCAGAGAUGUUCACCCUGUUGCCUAUGAAGAACCCAAGCACUGGUGUUCAAUUGUGUAUUAUGAAUUAAACAAUCGAGUAGGGGAGGCUUUUCAUGCAUCUUCCACUAGUAUCUUAGUAGAUGGAUUUACAGAUCCCUCUAACAACAAAAACAGAUUCUGCUUAGGUUUACUCUCUAAUGUUAAUCGCAACUCAACAAUUGAGAACACCCGGAGACAUAUUGGAAAAGGUGUCCAUCUUUACUAUGUUGGUGGAGAAGUCUAUGCUGAGUGCCUGAGUGACAGCAGUAUAUUCGUACAGAGCAGGAAUUGCAACUACCAUCAUGGAUUUCACCCUACAACUGUGUGCAAGAUUCCUAGCGGCUGUAGCCUAAAAAUUUUUAACAAUCAGGAAUUUGCUCAGCUUUUAGCUCAGUCAGUGAAUCAUGGGUUUGAGGCUGUAUAUGAACUUACCAAAAUGUGUACAAUUCGGAUGAGUUUUGUAAAAGGAUGGGGAGCAGAAUAUCACCGACAAGAUGUUACAAGCACCCCAUGCUGGAUAGAAAUUCAUCUUCAUGGGCCUCUCCAGUGGCUGGAUAAAGUACUUACACAAAUGGGCUCUCCUCUCAAUCCAAUUUCUUCUGUUUCAUAGUAUCCAUAGUACUGCUCAACCAUAACCUUAGUGACCAUUUUCUGAUUCUACAGAAUCUUCCAGCAUGGAUAGUAUGAAAAUGGAUACUAUAUGUUAGCUUCUCCCAUCCGUGGCCAAGUCUAUACCGAUGAUCACUGUUUGUUUGAAAUACUAAGGAAACAUUCAAAUUUGCAGGACAAUAACUUUAAAUUCAAAAUCUUUUUGCUAUGCAUAUUUAACAAAAUCUUUGCCUUCACUGGAAAUGUCUUCUAGGAGCAAGUUUGGAAAACUGAUGUUAGGGAGUAAACACUUUUUUUGGGGGGGGGGCUGAAUAAGUGCAGCUGCAACUAGCAACUCAGAUUUUAAUGUAGCAUAAUUUUGUGAGUGAUAGAAGUUCUAAACAAAACUAGCUUUGUUACACCUGAGACUGUCUUUUGUUUGAAUAAAUAAUAAUGUGACAGUAGUAUACACAUGAUGGGGGGAAAACACCUGUUACAGGUUGUCGUGUUCAAAUAUUUGCUUUACUGGAAAGCUGUCAUAAACAGCAGUGGCGUUUCCAUUCAGUUUAAUGUUACCUUUAGCCAUUGUUUUAAAUAGCUGUUAAUCUGCAUAACUUUUUAUUUUUUAGACUAAUAAUUAUUUUCCCUUGAUUUACUACUCAUGCUAUGUGUGGUAGCUUUAAAAGCAAUCC